UCUGGGAACAACGCACUGGCGAAUACGCUGGUUUCUGCUACUGCCAGGACCGCCGCCACGGUCACAAUUCAAAUCGAAACACGCCGUGCACUAUCAUUACUAUGAUAACUACGCGCCACCGCGUUAUCCCUCCAGGGCGUUCGCCUACCGAACACUAUGCUCCAUCAGAUGUAGAACAACUCACGGACCAACAAAUCCUCCAACUCGAGAAAACUGCACCCCGGCUCAGCGAGGAGUCCCGGGAAUUGAUUGGUGCAGAGCAAAUCCGCCAUAUCACUCCUGGCACGGUUACCAAGAGCGCUGAGGACGAAGACACAGACACGCGAAUCCCGUCGGAGGCAUUGACACUCGAACUUGUCUACCGAUGCACCACCAUCCCCGUGCCGCGCUUGCGCCGUGUCAUUCGAGACCAUGACACAAACGUCAUCGUCAUGGACUAUAUCCCGGGACGCCAACUAUCGCACGUCUGGCGCGAAAUGUCGACUUGGCGGAAGCUACGUGUUGUGUUUACGCUGCGCAGCUACGUGCUCCAGCUGCGCGCCAUUCAACACCCCGGGUCGGCGAUACCAGGUCCGAUUGUACCUCCUGGCCACCCCCCGCGCCAAUGCACAUCUCCGCUCUUCAACUGGAAGUAUGAAUGGAGGGGCCCUUUUGCGUCCUACGACAAGCUGGCGGCAUUCUUCAAUGAUCGUUACAAGGUGGCGCUCGUCCAGCACCGAAGGGUCCCCACCACGAAGGCUGAGUCGCGCGUGCGCGCGGACCCAUUCGACAAUUCGGGUCCGCUCGUACUCACGCAUCAGGAUAUCAAUAUGCGGAACAUUAUAGUAGGCGACGACGGGAGACUAUGGCUGAUCGACUGGGCGUGGGCGGGCUUCUAUCCGGGCUGGUUUGAGUUCGUGGCCACGAGGAUACAAUCGGAGAACGAGGAGACGGUUGUGCAUAGGAGUGAGCCGCUUUGGGACUUGCUUGUUCCGUUCAUCUGUGGUCUAUAUGAUCACCAGGAGAAGUGGUGGCGUCGUAUGGCAGUUGGUAUGGAGUAUAAAUAAUCCAUGAGUCA